AUGAAGACAACCUCAGCGAAUACGAAGAAGCGAUCCAGCUCAGUGAAGACGAGCUCAGUGAAGUGUCCAAAGUCCGAGGAUUCACAACACUUUAGUGUUACACUCCACCAUGGGGGUGAAUUUUACAGGGUUUUUGAAGAAGAAAUUAUAUACAGAGGGGGUACGGAUACGACAGUUAAUGGGAUACAUGUUUCAAAUUGGAACAUGGAUAACAUUGAGAAGUUGUUGAGUAGGUUAAGGUAUAAGGCUGAUUGUGUUAGGGUAUGGACAAAAGUUUUAGAAAUUCAAGAUGGUUUUUUUCUGAUUAGGAAAGAUGAUGAUGUUGUUGAUGAUUUUGCUCUAUACUUUAGCGCAAUGAAUGUGAAAGGAGAUUUGUAUGUUGAACAUAGUACUGGGAACAUGGACCCUGCUGAUAGGGAACCUAAAUGUGUGAAUGAUGAUGACCACCCCCCUGAUAAUGGAAUUGAUGGAUUAGAUGAGGAGAAGGUAGAGGGGUUAGAUGACAGUGAAGAUGAAAGAGCUACUGCUUACUUUGAUGGUUUUGAAGGAAUAGAUGUUACUAAGCCUAUUAGGGAGGAGCCCAAUAACAGUAUGGAGGAGCCCAAUAAGAGUAUGGAUUCAGAUGAUGUAUACUAUAGUGAUGAGUUGAAUAGUUCUGACCCAGAUGAUUCUUGUGAUGAAGAAAGGCCCAAGUAUGCUAGGUUUAGGAAAGAGCAUCUAAACAAAGACUUUAUAUUCAAGUGGGAGUCUUUUAAUGCUACCAUUCUAGCUGCUAGGGACAAACCUAUACUCACAAUGUGUGAGUGGAUAAGAAAAUAUCUGAUGAAUAGGUUAUCCACCUCUGCAAGUAAACUAGAAAAUUGGCCACAUAAGGUGAUGCCAAUACCUAGGAGAAGGUUAGAUAAUGAGGUGUUCAAUAGUGGUCAUUGGUUGCCAACAUGGUCAAUUGCUGAGACUUUUCAGGUUACACAUAGUUACAACACACAUGAAUUUAUUGUUGACAUUGCUAAAAGGUCAUGUAGUUGUAAUUUUUGGGAAUUAGUAGGAAUUCCAUGUAGGCAUGCUGUAGCUGCUCUGAGUUAUAGAAAGCAAAACCCUGAUGAAUUUGUUGAUGCUUGUUACACAAGAGAAAAGUUUGCACUAUGUUAUGGAUUUUCAGUAAGUCCAAUCAAUGGUCAAGAUAUGUGGCCAGAAGUUGAGAUGGAACCACCUCUACCACCUGCAUAUAAAAAUGGUCCUGGUAGACCUAAGAAGAUUAGGAUAAGAGAAAGUGGAGAGGAUGGUGCAAGGAAGAGAAGAUCUGGUGUUGCAUAUAAGUGCACCAAAUGUGAUAAUUUUGGUCACAAUGCUAUGACUUGUAAGGCUACCACUCAGGAUCCCAAUGCACUUAAAAGAAAGAGAAAACCUAAAAAAGGACAUGUGCCAACUGCAACUGAUAUGCCAACUGCAAAUGAUAUGCCAACUGCAUCUGAUAUGCCUGCCCCAACUGCAACUGAUAUGACUGUUCCAACAAAUGUGCCUGUUCCAACUGAUCCACAGCCUCCAACUGAUAUGCCUGUUCCAACUAUUAUGAGUCAAACAGGAUCUAGUGUGGCUGCCUCAAUCACAAAACAAUCCAGAAAAAGGGUUGAAAAAAAACCUAUCAUCAAAAGAAGGCAAAGACCUAAAGAAAAAGCCAAAGUAUUUAAUUACAUUCACCUUGAAUUCUGCACUGAAAAAUUUUCUGAUGAUUUUGCAAUUUUGCUCUUUCAUUAUGAUAUAACUUUUUUCUGUCAUUAUUGGUAG